CCCCUGCCCACCCCCCAAUACGACCCGAAGGGCUACUACGCCCUCCUCGGCGUCCACCCCACGGCCACCCAGGCCGACAUCAAGAAGGCGCGCGAUGCCAUUCUGCUGGUGGGUGACGCGACUAAUCGCACACACGGGGGUGAAUGGAGGGCAGGAGAGGCUCUUUUGCAAUGGUGUCGCUCCAGUGGCUCAUCCCCCGUCUCUUCUUCUCCUCCCGUGUCUGUGUGUGUGGUGCAGAGGGGCGGCCACCCCGACAAGACACCCGCUGCCGACAAAGAGCCCAGCACCCGCCACUCCCAGGCCGUCAAUGAGGCCUACGCGGUCCUCAGUGACUCCAACAAGAGGCGCGCGUACGACACGCCAGAGGUGAGCACACUUGAUGCCGUCCACUGCCCCUUUUUGCUCCCACAUCUGCUCUCUCUCUCUCUCUCUGUUUGUGUGUGUGUGUGGAGAUGCAGCCACGGAGGGUCAUCUAUGCACGGAACGCCGACCCCCACUAUGCGCCGCCCAACCCCAGGGAUGAUGAUGAGUGGAGAAGACGUGUGGCUUAUGUAAGGACGAAAGGCCAGCUCCCUGCCAGUUGAGGUGAUUGUUGAUGGUGUCUCGCUUCUGUCUGUCUGCCUUCGCAGGUACACAAGUGGGAGACGGGUCAAGAGAGGCUUCCUACGGCCGCAAAAAUGCCACAGGUGAGUACGCACGACACGCUACAUCUUUUUCCUCCACGCACCCGAUGCCGUCUCUUCAUGUGCAGCACCGACUUGGAUGUCACCGCCCGCCCUUCCCUUACCCGCGCUUCCCUUACCCGCCCCCUCCCGCCCACCACACCCCUCAGCGGCCGGCCGACUUGUACCCCAAGGUCGUUACGGCGGCGUCUGCGGCGAGGAUUGGCAUCAGGGAGGAGGGCUGGUACGAGAACGAGGCCACGGGGGACAUGGAGUAUUGGCAGAGAUACGAGGAGGGCGGCUGGAGAGUCACGAGAGAGGAUUCCGACUUUUUCUCUCAGCUGCACUCGUUCGGUGCCAGCGCAUGCACAGCAUGCCAAGGCUGCCGAGACGGCUGCAAGGUGGCCGCCGACAACUGCCGAGAGGCGGCAAAACAAGCCGCAGAAUACUGCCGACAGAAGGCGGCGGAGGUGGGGGCAUAUCUCAAACGGUGGGCGGUGCAGAUGAUGCAACCAUGCAGCCAUUAGCACACCCGCCGUCCAGCAGCCCACCCACAGCACCUGCCGAGCCCCUCCUGGCGCACGUCGGCCAUUUGGGGCCUUGUGUGAGCGCGUGUCGUGUGAUCGUGUCUACCAUGGACUCUGCGUGUCUGGGUGGUGUCGGGGGAUUGUGGGUGGCUGGGACGGUUUUGCUGAUAUGUCGCGCUGUGAGUGGCUAUGUAAGGGGCGCGUUGUGCACUCAUCGCUUGUGGAAGCGAUGGGCUGUGCGCGUAAGCUUUCCAUAGCCACUCCGGCGGCCGACUGGCAGGCCCGUCGAUGGGCGCGACUGCGGCGCGUGGAUGGGCCUGUCUGCGUGUCGCGCGUGAUCGUCGUGGUGUGCCAGUCUGUCGGCCAGACAAAGGGGCUCGGACACACUGCGGUGUGCUGUGUGGAUGGAUGGAUGGAUGGAUUGAUGGACGAAGGUGUCGUUCAAUCGACUGACAAACGCAUGUUGCGUCAGAACAGAUCGCGU